GUUGCCUGGUUGCCAUGACGCCGUGGGCAGGAGGGCACAGGGCCCUGUGCAGCAGGGAGGCGGUCGCGGACCUGCAGAGCCUCCAGAGCAAUAUCAGCGGGAAUCGAGACAAUUGCACUCUCUACACUGCCAAUGUGAGCGAUUAUAAGCAGGAAUGUCCCAACUCCACACUAUCUUGCUUUAUUGAGGAGCUCGGGGUCCUGAUUCUCGAGUUUGGACACACGAGAACGAACGUCUCUUCGAAGCUCCUGAGGCGGUUGCAUCGGCUGAAUACGAAGAAGGACCAAAAAGCGGACUGCCCACAGUGCGAGGCCCAUGAGGAGCAGCCACCCUGGGAGUUCCUCACCGCCCUGCUGUCCGUCCUGCAGUCCAUCAACGACAGCUGUUAGCGCGGCGAGCAGACGCCGCCGGCCGCCACUCCCGAGCUGGUCUUGUUCCCGGCGCCGUCCGUAGCGAGGGCCAGAACCUGACGGAAGGGGCUCCUUCAGCCCAGAAUUUGAACUUGGUGCUUGGAAUUCACAGAUCAUACUGGCAGCCCCUUCGUGUGACAUUGUUGAAAUCCUGUAUCUGUGGAAAAGCAAGACAAGACCCAAACUUACCCCAGAGGAAAGUUUUUCUGAGCGAUGACUCACUGGGCACAGGGCUGCGCUAAUGCUAAACAUGACAGGGAAAUAGCUCUUAGCAACGAGCCAGCAGAUUAAUCCCAUGUCGGGAAAUCAAUGUUUUUAAAUGCAAUAAAAUGUUUUAAACAUAAAAGUAGUGAGCAAAAUGAAGGUUUUUCUUCUUUUUGAAUGAUUGAACAAAUGCCCCCCCCAAAAAAAACAAAAAAGGCAGUUAAUCUGUGAGACGAUUUAAAGUUGCUUUUGUGUUGAAAGAAUCGUGAAGAAAGCCUUUAUUUUCAGGAAGUAUUCCAGUUUGCUCCCUUCUCUACAUAUUUCUUUAAUUAUACAACUAUUUUGAUUUCAGUGAAGUUGGCACAAAGCCAUUUAAAUCAAAUCGGGAAUGCUACAGGAUGUCUGAAUGCUCAAACCCAAAGCGCAAACAAUGUACUUUGUUUUUAAAUGUAAUGAAAUGCUUAAUACAUAAAAACAGGGAGCAAAAUAAAGUUUUUUUUU